GCCGGCUCCAGAACCCACACCCAUCCAGCACCCACAAUCUACCAAACUCUCUUGGAGUUCACGAGCGGCGCUGCGAUGGGGUCACACGGCAAGCCACCGCUACCGUACGCGUACAAGCCACUGCCCUCCGGCGCCGCCGUGGACGCCGACGGUGAGCGGACCGGCUGGACGAGGUGGCGCGUGUGCGCCACCGUGCUGACGGCCUCGGCCAUGGUGGUGGUGGUGGUCGGCGCCACGCUCCUGGCAGGGUUCAGGGUGGACCAGGCCGUCGACGAGGAGGCCGCGGCCGGGUUCCCGUGGAGCAACGAGAUGCUGCAGUGGCAGCGCAGUGGCUACCAUUUCCAGACGGCCAAGAACUACAUGAGCGAUCCCAACGGUCUUAUGUACUACAAUGGAUGGUACCACAUGUUCUUCCAGUACAACCCGGUGGGCACCGAUUGGGACGACGGCAUGGAGUGGGGCCAUGCCGUGUCUCGGAACCUUGUCACGUGGCGCACCCUCCCUAUUGCCAUGGUGGCUGACCAGUGGUACGACAUCCUGGGGGUCCUUUCGGGCUCUAUGACGGUGCUACCCAAUGGCACGGUCAUCAUGAUCUACACGGGGGCCACCAACGCCUCUGCCGUUGAGGUGCAGUGCAUCGCCACCCCCGCCGACCCCAACGACCCCUUCCUCCGCCGCUGGACCAAGCACCCCGCCAACCCCGUCAUCUGGUCGCCGCCGGGGAUCGGCACCAAGGAUUUUCGAGACCCGAUGACUGCUUGGUACGAUGAAUCUGAUGACACAUGGCGUACCCUCCUUGGGUCCAAGGAUGACCACGACGGUCACCACGAUGGGAUCGCCAUGAUGUACAAGACCAAGGACUUCCUUAACUACGAGCUCAUCCCGGGUAUCUUGCAUCGAGUCCAGCGCACCGGCGAGUGGGAGUGCAUUGACUUCUACCCUGUCGGCCACAGAAGCAACGACAACUCAUCGGAGAUGUUGCACGUGUUGAAGGCGAGCAUGGACGACGAACGGCACGACUACUACUCGCUAGGCACGUACGACUCGGCAGCAAACACGUGGACGCCGAUCGACCCGGAGCUCGACUUGGGGAUCGGGCUGAGAUACGACUGGGGUAAGUUUUAUGCGUCCACCUCGUUCUAUGAUCCGGCAAAGAAGCGGCGCGUGCUGAUGGGGUACGUCGGCGAGGUCGACUCCAAGCGGGCUGAUGUCGUGAAGGGAUGGGCCUCGAUUCAGUCAGUUCCAAGGACAAUUGCUCUCGACGAGAAGACCCGGACGAACCUCCUCCUCUGGCCCGUGGAGGAGAUUGAGACCCUCCGCCUCAACGCCACCGAACUUAGCGACGUCACCCUUAACACCGGCUCCGUCAUCCAUAUCCCGCUCCGCCAAGGCACUCAGCUCGACAUCGAGGCAACUUUCCACCUUGAUGCUUCUGCCGUCGCUGCCCUCAAUGAGGCCGAUGUGGGCUACAACUGCAGCAGCAGCGGCGGUGCUGUUAACCGCGGCGCGCUAGGCCCCUUCGGCCUCCUCGUCCUCGCUGCUGGUGACCGCCGUGGCGAGCAAACGGCGGUGUAUUUCUACGUGUCUAGGGGGCUCGACGGAGGCCUCCAUACCAGCUUCUGCCAAGACGAGUUGCGGUCGUCACGGGCCAAGGAUGUGACGAAGCGGGUGAUUGGGAGCACGGUGCCGGUACUCGACGGCGAGGCUUUCUCGAUGAGGGUGCUCGUGGACCACUCCAUCGUGCAGGGCUUCGCGAUGGGCGGGAGGACCACGAUGACGUCGCGGGUGUACCCGAUGGAGGCCUAUCAGGAGGCAAAAGUGUACUUGUUCAACAAUGCGACCGGUGCCAGCGUCAUGGCGGAAAGGCUCGUCGUGCACGAGAUGGACUCAGCACACAACCAGCUCUCCAAUAUGGACGAUCACUCGUAUGUUCAAUGAAGCUCUUGCAUCUCAUCAGUAAUAAGCUACAUUGGAUCAAAGACGCGCACCAAGGAAGGCCAAGACAUAUGUAAAUGAUUCCGCACAGCCUCGCUUGCAGAAUUGAAACAUCUAUCCUUGGGUCAUGUUCUGCAUUGAUGUCACUGUGAACUACAGUAUAUUACUUUGUUGGGCGUAGAAUCGAUAUAGUUUGGGUGGGUGGAAUUUUGUUUGUUUACAUAGUGAACCGGUGUGGUCUGCGUAAUAAGCUUAUGUGUUUGUUUACAAAAUGAACUAUUGUUGUUUGGGAGAGUGGACCCGUGUUUCUUUAUAUAGUGAAUGGUUGUUAUUUGCAUA